GUAAUUAGACGUCUUUGAGCUGCUGAACCGAACUGAUUCUAUUGCCACUUGUAUGCAUGCCAUCAUCAGCUCUUCAUUAUUACAUACACCUGAGAUUGAACAUGGAUCCAGGGUGGCGUGGCAUCAAGGUUAUUCUUUCUGAUGCCAAUGUGCUGGGUGAGGGGGAGCACAAGAUAAUGUCGUACAUUCGCUUGCAACGAAAUCUACCAGGGUUUGACCCGAAUACACAACAUUGCUUGUAUGGGUUGGAUGCUGACUUGAUCAUGCUAGCACUGGCUACACAUGAAGUGCAUUUUGCAAUUCUUAGAGAGAGAAUAUCAAAAUGGGAGCUGAUCGAGGUUGAUCCGUUGCCAAUUACUCAAUUUGAUAAUAGAUACAAGGGCCGAUGUCGACCUCAUGGGACUGAUUCAUUACCAAAAGGUAUAAUCCGUGAGACCUCCAACUUAGAGAUGCGACCAUUAUGGGGUUUCCCAAAGAAAAAGGGGAACGCGAAAGCUUCGAAUAACUUAGUGGCCAUUGCAGUUGGAAUAAAACAAAAAGAAAAUGUGAACCAGAUUGUUGAAAAGGGAAGUGGAUCCGUGUACCAGUGAGCGGAGGAUCCUAUUUCGCACCCAAUAUAUUUGCAGCUUCGCCCCAAUUUCUGUGAUGCGUGGUCAAAUUUAGCUAGUGCAUAUAUGAGGAAAGGAAGACUUAAUGAGGUAGCCUAGUGUUGUUGCCAGGCUCUUGCAUUGAACCCUCGCUUGGUGAAAUCCUUGUUUUGUUUUAUCAUUUAGUUUCCUUCUUUUAUUGUAGAUGCAUUGAAAUUACUAUUUGCAUAUCUUCUCCUUAUUGGCGGGUUGAUGCUCAUAGCAACCUUGGGAAUCUAAUGAAGGCACAAGGCUUAGUAC